AUGUGUCUGAACCGCUUCUACGAAGACUACGACGCGACCAUCGGGGACUCAUACCGCAAGGAGGUGGAGAUUGAUCAACAGUCAUAUAUGCUGGAAGUGCUUGACACCGCAGGUCAAGAAGAAUACAUUGCGCUACGAGACCGUUGGAUACGAGACGGCGAGGGCUUCGUGCGGCAUACCGCGUCGAUCUGA